CCCGUCACCUUUCACCUCUUGCUGCUCCAAACGCUUGCGGGAGGAUUGUGCGGAGGUAAUAAUCAUCACUGAAAGCAGUUCGACAUGACAGAGGCAGGUAAUGGGUCUCCUACUGCUGUUCCGAAGAACCUCGGUCAUGGGUCUCCCACUGGAGUUUUGUGUGACGGGGAUGCGAGCACAACCAGUUCGGUCAGUCAACCAAAUGCAAACACUGGUGAGAAACCCUACAUGUGUGAUGAAUGUGGGUACAGGACAGCUCGGAAGUCUUCCUUAUCCCGACAUAUGAGAAUUCAUACUGGCGAAAAGCCUUACAAGUGUGACCAGUGUGACUUUUCUGCUGCACAAAAAUCCAACUUGGACAGUCAUCUAGCAACGCACACUGGUGAUAAGCCCUACAUGUGUGGGGAGUGUGGGUACAGGACAGCAAAGAAAUCUCACCUAUCCAGACAUAUGAGAACUCAUACCGGGGACACACCCUACAAGUGCGACAAGUGUGACUAUUCUACAUCAAGGAAAUACCAUUUGAAGCAACAUCUAGCCAAACACACUGGUGAUAAGCCCUACAUGUGUGGGGAGUGUGGGUACAGGACAACUUGGAAGUCUGACUUAUCCAUACAUUUAAGAACUCAUACUGGAGAAAAACCCUACAAGUGUGACCAGUGUGACUAUUCUGCUUCACGAAAAUCCAGUUUGGGCCUACAUCUAGCCCAACACACUGGUGAUAAGCCCUACAUGUGUGGAGAGUGUGGGUACAGGACAGCUCAGAAGUCUAAUUUGGCCGACCAUAUGAGAACUCAUACCGGUGAAAAACCCUACAAGUGUGACCAGUGUGACUAUUCUGCUGCACAUAAGUCGUCCUUGAACCAUCAUCUAGCCAUGCACGCUGGUGAUAAACCCUACAUGUGUGGAGAGUGUGGGUACAGAACAGCUAUGAAGUUUCAUUUAGCCGAACACAUGAGAACUCAUACUGGAGAAAAACCCUACAAGUGUGACCAGUGUGACUAUUCUGCAGCGAAGAAAAGUCAUUUGAACCGACAUUUCAGACGACACAUAAACUGAUUACGUACUUGUGGGGAGUGUGGGUACAGGACAGCACGGAUCUACGUUGAUGAAUAUACUAUAAUUCAAAACUUUACAGGUGUGACCAGUGCGACUAUUCUACAGGAAGAAAAUCUACUUUGGACAAGCAUCGUAACACACCCAUGAGGAAAACCACAUGUAUGUGAUUUCGGGACUUGUAAGAUUAAGAAGACUCCUAUAUCAUACCAGUGUUGUAUGUCUAGUCUUGUAGUUUAAACACUCAUGGUAAACUCUGAAAGCGUCGCGAGGCUGGAAGAGGAACAACAGAAAUCAUCUACAAGUAGCUAAAAUACCAUAUGUAUAUGCAACUUGCAUGUUAGAAAAACACUGCACGUCCUAUUCCAAUAUUAAAUAUUUGAGACUAGCUUAUCUCACAGUUACAGUGCAUAUGCUAUAGCGAUGUCACAUAUUCUCAAAGUUCUAUAUCCUUAUCUUCUUUCUAUUGAGGCGACCGCCUUCAGCGUUUUGAAGCCUCUGUAAGCUUUAGUGGUGUCGAGUCUGCUGAGAAGGGUGGUUAUGCCGACAGACACUUAAAGUCAGAUUUGAGUCUUAAAGAUGUCCAGGUGGAAUAUAAGGCGCCCUCCGCGGGAAAUUCGUGCCAGUCUUUGAUGGUACGUGGGGAAAAUGAUCUCUGCCGAUACAGUGUACUACUUUGGGUGGCUUGGUGUGCGGCCGUGUGCAUAUGGCGUGAGUACGUAUGAAAUUUUGUGACAUGAGAUGUAGUUUCAGUAACUGGCUACUAUGUCAGAAUAUAACUGAUUAUAAGUAAGUUUAAUAAAAAGUACACAUUCUUGCGAAGUGAGCUUCCUUGACAUAGAAUGCAGUGUUUUAUUGCCAGUCAUGUCUGAUAUGUAAGAAUAUAAGGCCAUAACUGAUUAGUUC